CUCGUUAUUAGUUAUUAGUGAACAACGUCUUCAUGGCACUACUGUCUGUGUUCUACCGACGACCGGUAUCUGUCUCCCCAGCAUGCCUCUACGGAAGGGCGUCCUACUCCACUACGCAAAAAUCACCCAUACAUCUGGUUCAGGAGCUGCGCAAGCUCACGGACGUUCCGAUAUCUAAGGCACGGGAAGCACUGGCUGCCUCUAACGACGAUGUGGAGGCUGCAUUGAAAUGGAUAGAGAAGGAUCUCGCCGUUUCCGGUGCCAAAAAGGCAGCCAAGGUUGAAGGGCGUACGACACGGGGGGGGCUCGUAUCUGUUUGCGUCCUUUCGAAUGGCACUCGGCAAGACCCUACCGGAGUGUCGAGCGAAUUGGGAGGUGUCCGUGCCGCCAUGAUCGAAUUGAAUUGCGAGACGGAUUUCGUGGGGAGGAACGAGUUGUUCGCACGACUGGCGGCCGACAUCGCGCACACAGCCGCGUUCAUUACAGAACACGAUGCCUCUUCACCAAGUUUUAUCAGACCCUGUGCCUUGGACGUUCUAGGAGAUGCACCACUACUUUCUCAAAGCGAACCCCACGUGCAGACAUCCUCAACUGUGUCUAGUUCGAUACGGGAUCUCAUUGCGAAAGUGGGGGAGAAAAUCUCGUUAAAGAGAGCCGUCACCGUGGUGCAUGGACCUCUACGCAGAGAAUCUCAUGUGCUGGGUCUCCGCGUGGCUUCAUAUCUUCACGGAGCUACGAGUUCUGGAUUCCAAGGCCGUAUUGGGUCCGUUGCAGUCCUGGGGUUGAAAACGCCAAGGCUGCCAGAGCUUAUGUCCAGAAAGACGUUCGUGCAGGACCUCGAGAAGUUGGAACGCGCGAUUGGUCGUCAGAUAGCGGGUUUUGACACCCGUUCUAUACGUUCAACCCCCGAUGACGAAACUUCACUAUACAACCAACCGUUCAUGAUGCUUGGGGCGGAGGGUGCAGAUGAAACUGUUCGUCAUGCCUUGAACAAGUGGAGUCAGCAGCGAGGAAUGGUGGAUGAUGACGCAGAAGGCGGGAUCGAAGUCUUAGAGUUUGCCAAGUGGACGGUUGGGCAAGAUGUCGAGUAGGCUCAUACCACUACUCAUUUCGCGUAUCGAUAGUAGUAUUGACAACGUCCCCUCAUUAUGUAUGAAGUCAAG